ACAGUGUAACAUCCAGCGGAAGUAAACAACACAGGAGCUAGUCACGUUAGCUGCUUGUUACUGUGCGUGGAAGAAGUCCCUCAGUAGGACAGUAAAACAUCUCGCUUGUAAUAAAGCAACAAUGUCUUCAGUUCAGUGUUUGAGAGAGUUCAUCAACGAGCGACUAACUGCUGCUGCUGAAGAAAUAUUCCGAGUUUUUCAGAAAACUAUCGUCGAAUACGAGGAAGUGAUCGAUCGUCAGAGCAGACUGCUGGAUAUCGUUUGGAAACCUGAAAUAAAGUUACAGAGAAUAGAGCUUCUACAGCAGCAUGUCUGUGAGGAAGAGGAGGUUCUCACUGACCAGCAGCUCUGUAACCAGGAGAAGAACUCCAGUCUGGACCAAGAGGACCCAGAGCCUCCACAAAUUAAAGAGGAACAGGAGGAAGUCUACACCAGUCUGGAGGGAGAGCAGCUGGUGCUGAAGCAAGAGACUGAAACCUUUAUGUGGACUCCUACUUGUGAGGAAAGUGACAACAGUGAAGAUCAGACGGAGGACUCUGAUGAAAUUCAGAGUGCAGCAGAGAAAGAGCAUGUUGUGAGCAUGUUAGUUAAAAGCUCAGUGGUAUCACAACCAAACAGUGAUGACCAACUCCUCUCUCUCAACUCUCAUGUAGCUGAGAGCCAAGAUCACAAAGGAGGCAAACAUGGAGACUCAGGAUCAACCGGAAAUGCAGAGACAGAACUCAAGAAGAAACAUCACAGGAGAAAAAACCCCACUAACAAUGAAGACAACUCUACCACAUCAAAGAUUCACAGUAAUAUUUAUACAGGGAAAAAGUCUUUAAAAUGCAACACGUAUGGGAAAGCUUUCAAGUGCAUGUCCAAUUUGAACAAACACCUGAGAGUCCACACAGGUGAGAAGGCGUACCCAUGUAACACUUGUGAGAAAAGCUUCUCUCACCCUAGCGCAUUAAAAGUGCAUAUGAGAAUCCACACAGGUGAGAAGCCAUACACAUGUAACACUUGUGAGAAAAGGUUCUCUCAACCUGGUGCAUUAAAAGUGCAUAUGAGAAUCCACACAGGUGAGAAGCCGUAUCCAUGUAACACUUGUGAGAAAAGAUUCUCUGAGCUGGGCACAUUAAAACAGCAUAUGAGAACACACACAGGGGAGAAGCCAUACACAUGUAACAUUUGUGAGAAAAGAUUCUCUCAUCUGGGCACAUUAAAAGUGCAUAUGAGAACACACACAGGGGAGAAGCCAUACACAUGUAACACUUGUGGGAAAAGAUUCUCUCAACCUAGUGCAUUAAAUGUGCAUAUGAGAAUCCACACAGGUGAGAAGCUGUACCCAUGUAAGACUUGUGAGAAAAUAUUCUGUAAGCCUAGCGCAUUAAAAGUGCAUAUGAGAAUCCACACAGGUGAGAGGCCGUACCCAUGUAACACUUGUGAGAAAAGAUUCUCUCAACUGUGCAACUUAAACCUGCAUAUGAGAAUCCACACAGGUGAGAAGCCGUACACAUGUAACACUUGUGAGAAAAGGUUCUCUCAACUGGUCACAUUAAAGCACCAUAUGAGAACACACACAGGUGAGAAGCCGUACACAUGUAACAUUUGUGAGAAAAGAUUCUCUCAUCUGUGCACAUUAAAACACCAUAUGAGAGCACACACAGGUGAGAAGCCGUACAGAUGUAACACUUGUGAGAAAAGAUUCUCUAAACGUAGCACAUUGAAAAUGCAUAUGAGAGUCCACACAGGUGAGAAGCCGUACACAUGUCACACUUGUGAGAAAAGAUUCUUGCGUCUGCGUGCAUUAAAACUGCAUAUGAGAACCCACACAGGUGAGAAGCCGUAAAAUUGUAAAACUUGUGGAGAAGAUUUCACACGUGGAGAUCACUUGAAGAUGCACAUGAGAACACACAGUAGGAAAAGAUUCUGUCAGAUGUCAGACUUGAAAAGACACAAGAAUUAAUCCAGAUACGAAGCUAUAUAAUUACAAAACAUGAGGGAGAGCUUUGUGUUGACUUUACAAUAUACAUGAGAAGAACCUACUGCAACAUGGAAAAGAUUAUAUUGUGUCUGAAUUGGAAAAAACAGUCCACACAAGCUAGAAGCCUUGUAUUGGUGAAACGUUGCAGAGGAUUCAGUUAUUCAUGGAUAAAACACACAAGAACAUAUAAUGGCAGCACAUGUUGACAAUAAACAAUCCAUGAACAGGACAAACUUCCUGGUUUAACUUGAGAUAAUUUUUUUGUUGUUCUGUUGCUAUAGAGAUGACACACAAAUUGUAGAUGAUUUACUACAUGGUGUAGUCAACACAUUUUAUUACCAAUAAAAUAUUUUUGUCAUGAUGGCUUUUCAGACUGAUACUUGUAAUUUAAUUGAUUGGAUGAUUAGGAAAACUAAAAGUGACGUUAAGUGUUAGUAAUACAUACAAUAAAUGCCUAAACAAACAUAGAUAACAAAACGUUUAGUUUCUGAUCACAUGUGUUUAUUUUGAUAUUACCUUGCUUCAUGAGAUAAUAUUCAGGAAGUAUACCAGGUUCAUACAUAGAUAGAUGACUUUAUUAAUCCCAAAGAGAAAUUAAAGUGUUACAGCAGCCACCUGACAUAAAUCAAAAUACAAAAUACAAAAACAAUUGGGUAUAGGUAAAAUAAACAAAUAGAAUUAAAUGCUAAUAUACAAUAGCUUAAUAUACUAACUCAAAUAUUAAAAAAAUAGAAUAGAGACUAGAGAUAUCACUAUAAUAUACCAUUUGCUGAGUAUACACUGCUCACUGAUGUUAAUAUGCUAUAGUACACUGUACUUUAGUGCAAGACAGGUGGAUGUUGAUGAGGUAGUAAGAUGCAUGAUUGUCCAUGGAUGUUACAAUUGAGUGUAGAUUGAUACUUGAAUGAUUUACUGAAUAUAAAUACAUGUAAUAACAGUAUAUACGGACAGUAUUUUAAAGAGUAUCAAAAUAUUAACCUGAAAUAUAACAUGUGAUGGAUAAUGUAAUAAAAUAAAAAGUCCAGGUGA